ACCGUUAGAGCUCUUUCUCAGUGUGCUUUUUCUUUUUGAUUUGCCAACGUUUGAUUUUCUUCCUUGUUUGCUUAAAGAGAAAGUCUUUCCGUGUCGUUGUUUUAAGAUUCAACAUUCAGGAAAUUUCUUCACGAUGAAUGUGUCCCAGACAAUGGAGACAGAGGAGGACCUCCUGACUUGUGUCCACAUCAAGAUUUACCACCCGCAGCAGAGUUUUAAAGGGCUUUAUAACUGUCUCCCCCUGGGAACCAGGAGCAGACACUCUGCUGAUGAUCCUCUGAGGCUGGGCCGCGACGCCCAGGCCUGCAGCUACGGCCUGGUCGACCCCCGGGUUUCCCGUAAACAGCUGGCCCUCCACGCCUACCGCUCACCCCAGAGUCCAGACCUGCUGUUCUCCAUCCAGAACCUGAGCCAGAGGGGGCGGCUGUCGGUGAACAGCUCGGAGCUGGGCUACCUGGAGAGGAUGGACCUCCCACACAAGGCUCUGAUCCGGUUCGGCGAGUAUGAGAUUCUGAUCACCCGUGAGUCCGGAGAGGCCAAGGCCAGCUUUGAGGUGGAUUUUGAGGUCCUCUCUGUACCUCCAUCCAGAGAGACCUGCACAUGUGAGCCUGGCGUGACAGCUGUGAUGGACACGGGCUUGAUGGACAGUUUCAACGCUCAGUUCAGAGCACUCGAGCCCCAGGAGAUUGAUGAAAGUCUCUCUUAUAAAUGAUGAAAUGUUUGAAAACUUUGUAAUACUCUAUACUCUGCACUUUUUGCAUUAGAUUCCCUUUCAAAUGUGAAAUCAUAUUAUUCUCAUUGCAUUAUGCAAUGUGACAAACAUAUAAUCCAUCAAAUACAGU